GGGGAGAGGGAGGUAGAAGUUAGGUUACAGGUUACGACAGUGUUGUUGUGGACUUUCCAUGCGGCUGCUCUAGGUUAUAUUGGAUACAUGUCAAGCUUUUAAUAAUGGAAUGAUGUGUUAACGUUUGAUUGUAAUUAACUUCAGCCCGUUUUUAAGUACAAUUUGAUCUCGCUACAUACUGAAAGGCAGACAGCUUUGGUCAAGAUAUGCCUUCAGACAACCGUCGAAUACAAGGACCGGAGGUCUCCAGCCCCUACUGUUUAUUUCAGAGUGGAAAUAAGAAUGUCGACGUUCAUUCUGGACGAUCUGAAGUGCUGUCUUCGAGAAAAGAUAGUAGAAAGUUUAUGGAACAUAGAAAAAUUUAUUUGAAAACAGGAGUUGUUAGUCAAGCCAAGGGAUCUGCCUAUGUGGAAUUUGACAACACAAAAGUGAUUUGCUCUGUGUUCGAUCCUCGUGAAAUACCUAAUCGAAUUGAAUACAGCCAACACGGAGAGCUAUUUUGUGUAUUUAAAUUUGCUCCAUUUUCCUGCCUUACCAGACGUGCUCAUCAACAGGAUGCACAGGAGAAAGAACUAAGUCUUUGUUUAAAACGAGCUUUGGAGCCUGCCGUUUGUCGGCAUGAGUUUCCAAAUUUUCAAGUUGAUAUAUAUGUUAUGGUACUGGAAAACGAUGGUGGAUCUCUCGCCGCCGCCAUCACCUGUGCAGGACUUGCUUUGGCAGAUGCACAUGUGCCCAUGUAUGACUUAGUUACUGCUGCAUCGCUGGGAGUGACAGGUGACAAGUUACUCAUGGAUCCAGUGGAAGAAGAAGAAAGCCUUUGUCAGAACCCAAAUAAAGAAAACCAAAAUCAUGGCCUAAUCACCGUUGCUCUAAUGGGAGCACAUACUCAAGUUACUCAAAUGUGGCAAACAGGAUCUAUGACAGCAGCUUGUGUAUCAGAUGCCCUCACACAUUUGGUGCAAAUCUGUGAGGAGACAUACCCAAUCGCUCAACGUUGUUUAGUCAAGAGUGUUGUCGAUACCAUUUCAAAAAAAGCUCAGUGACAAUGUUGUCAAUCACAGUUUCAUUUGCGAAAUAAAUAUUUUAUCUCUUAAA